AUGGCAUCCCUAGCAGCCAAAGGUCCACAGGUACAGGAUAGUGAAGAAGCGAAACUGUUUGCCUGUCGUAAAGCAUUGGAGUUUGCUGUCGACGCUGGCUUCAUGGACGUGGUGCUGGAAGGAGACAGCUUGAAUGUGAUGCGGGCUAUCUCAACUGGGAAAGCCAAUACAUCACGUUUGGGUCACAUUUAUGAGGACAUCCAGUGCCUUGCAGCAGGUUUUCGAAGCUAUUCUGUUAGUUUUGUUAAACGCAGUGCAAACGGUGUGGCACACGCACUUGCUUGUUUUGCUAAGAAUGUAGGGGAUGAAUUAGUUUGGCUGGAGGAAUCCCCACCACCAGCACUUGAGCCCUCUAAGGGUCGUGCAGGUGGGCUGUGUACGCUAUGGAAGAAUGGUGUGACUAUAAAGGAGAUGGAGUUUAAUAAGAACCUAAUCGCUGUCAAAAUCUCUGAUUCCAUACUAGACUGGCUCCUAGUUGAGUUCUAUGGUCCACCAUACUACACUGAGAAGAAAAAGGCGUGGGGAAAUCUGUUGGCACUUUUAGCAGCUCACCAAGGCCCUUGGGUAUGUGUGGGAGACUUCAACUGCAUUCUAAAUGACGAUGAACAAAUUGGGGGUUGUAAAGGUAGCUCCUCUACCACAAAUUACCUCAAGGAGCUGAUGUUCAAUCUCAAUUCUGUCGACCUUGGAUAUUCCGGGAAUAAGUUCACUUGGGCCAAAGUUUCGCACCUCAGUGCGAUCAAUUCAGACCACGCCCCAAUUUUGUUGGAUACUUGCCCAGCUGAUAGUUUUGCUCACAGACCAUUCCGGUUUGAGGCGGUAUGGCUUAGAGAUGAAGGAUGUAAACCAGUGAUUGAAAGUGCAUGGAACAAAGAAGUUCACGGGUCAGAUUUUGUUAAGUUGUAUAAAAAACAAGUUGCUACAAGGGAUGCGCUCUGCGAAUGGAACAAAGAGGUUUGUGGCCGCUGUCAGGACAGAAUUAAUAAUCUGCUUCAGAAAAUCAAAGAAAUACAGAGUAGACACCCAAGUCCGGUGAAUGAACUAGCAGAACAAUCCUUGCAAGCAGAGCUAUUCGAGUGGUUGAUUAGAAGUGAAAUCCUUUGGCGUCAAAAAUCAAGGGAAUUAUGGCUCAAGCUUGGAGAUAAGAAUUCCAAGUUCUUCCAUCUGUCCAUGGUCAUUUGCAGAAGGAACAACAACAUUGAUGCUAUCAAAAAAGAAGAUGGAAAUUGGAUUCAUGACUCUAACCAAAUAAGAAAGCUAUUCAAGAACAAUUUUGUUGACUUGUUCAAAGAAGAUAUUGACUUCCCAGAGUACCUUGAACACCUCAUCCUCCCUUGUAUCACUGAAGAAGAGAAUGAAAUGCUAGAAAGAAUUCCAUCACCAGAGGAGAUUAAAGACACCCUGUUCCAGAUGCAAGAUUUAAAGGCCCCAAGGCCUGAUGGCUUUCUAGUGUUGGUGAAUGGGGGUAAAUCUGAAUCCUUUAAGCCUAGUAGAAGGUUGAGGCAAGGAGACCCACUGUCCCCUUACUUGUUCAUCUUGGGCCAAGAAAUUUUAUCAAGGCUGUUGGAUCAUGAACUAAGCUUGAAAAAUGUUAGCGGCAUCAAAACAAGUAUCAGGGGACCAACUAUCACUCACGUCAUGUAUGCCAACGACAUUGUAUUGUUCUCAAAGGCUACUAGGAGAGAUGCAGCAACUCUGAUGAAAACUCUGGAUAAAUAUUGCAAAUGGUCGGGUCAAGCUAUCAACAUGGGCAAGUCUGGGGUCUAUUUUUCCAAAAACACACAAGGCCAGACCCGAAGAACAGUAAAGAGCAUUCUCCAGAUGAAAAACCUCAAAAAAGAUGCAGUAUACUUGGGAGCACCAUUAUUCUUAUCCAAAUCCCCAUGUAAGGAUUUUACUUUCCUCAUAGAUAAGCUUGAGUCUAAACUUUUGGGAUGGAGAAGCAAGUGUUUAUCAUGGGCAAGGAGGAGAACCCUCAUCAACUUAGUGGCACAAACAUUACCUAAUUAUGCUAUGUCAACCUUUAGAAUCCCUAACAAGGUGUGUGAUAGGUUGGAUUCUCUAACUAGAAGAUUCUGGUGGAAGCCAAGUCAGAGGGAGGGCAGGUUUAUAGCGUGGAGUGCCUGGGACAAACUCUAUUAUCCGAGAAGUCAUGACGGACUGGGAUUCAAAAAAGCCAAGGAGAUGAAUAAUGCAUUGUUGGCCAAAUUGGCCUGGAUGAUAGCGUCUAAAAGGGAUAGCACCUGUAUGAGGAUUCUUAGACUGAAGUACAAGGUAAGUGAGGACUGGUUGUGGGCAAAAGCACCAAAGAAUGCAUCUUCUAUUUGGAAAGCAAUUGAGAAAGCAAAGUCUAUUGUAUCAAAAGGUGCAUGCUACCUUAUUGGAGAUGGAAAAUCUAUUGAUAUAUGGCUUGACUCGUGGGUGUCAUGGAUUCAGGGGUUCACACCAGCCCCAAAAACUGCAUCCACACCGCAAGUAGCGACCAAGGUAUCCCAAUUAAUCGACCCUGACCUGCGAAAGUGGAAAGCACCUUUAAUCCUCGAAUUAUUUGAUCCAAGUUCUACCAAAGCUAUCCUCUGCAUCCAUUUACAGACAAGACCCCACCCUGAUAGGCUUAUAUGGAUACCGGACCCCAAAGGAUGCUUCUCUGUAAAAUAUGCUUACAGGAAAAUAUCCCAACUACCAUCCCAACCAACUAAUCUAGAGGUGGAUUGGAAAAAGCUGUGGAAGAUGAAAGGACCGGAAAGGAUUAAAAUGUUUCUUUGGAGAGUUGCUGUCAAUGCUUUGCCCAUAAAGGAAAAUUUAAGCAGUCAUGUGGAGGUGGAAGAUCCUUGUUGUGUGCUAUGUAAUCAGGAGGCAGAAUCGUUUGCUCAUCUCUUCUUCCAUUGUCCAGGGGCAAGAGCCCUAUGGUUUUCCAUAUGCUGGGGAUUCAAGGUUGAUGAAGCACAACUGACAACGGCAACGGACAUUAUCAAUCUGGUUUUCAACCCUCCCGAACCACUCUGGCAAGCGCACGAUAAAUGGUCUUGCAACAAUGCUGCCCAUGUAACUGCAAAGUUUGCUAUUGAGUCUAAUUUGUCUUGUUUUUUCAUUUCGGGCAAUCUUCCUCCUAGUAUGGUAGAUGCUUGUAAGAAAGAUGCCCCACUUUGUUUCUAA